AUCUAUCCGUACCCAAACAUCAGCUCCUUCCUAUAUAACAGGUUCUGGAAGUCUGGCUUGAACAAGUCCAAUGCUGCUCGUGAUGACAUGACCUCGGUGCUCGGAGACCCUCUAUUCGAUAUUGCUGAUAUUCAAGGAGUCAACUUUCCAGCUAUUGAGCGAGAGGUUUCUGCAGAUGUUCAGUCUCCUUGGGGCUCCAAUGGGUGGCGGCGCUCAGGUGUUGCUAUCGAGGUUCCGUCAAGUGCUAAAUCCACAAACAAGCCCAGUUUUCUUCGGUUUGGGCAGCCAAGCCAUACCAGAAGCCAUGCAGAAAACAACUGUGUCAUCAAUGAUGUCCGCACGCGUUCCCUUGUUCAAGUUCUUCAGGAAAGUGCUGCUGAGCAUUCACUAGCGACUGAGUGCCACUGGCAUGGCUACGAAGAAACCUGGCGUCCACCUUAUCCUGAUCACCCUGAUGAACGUGUAUAUGGGGAACUAUAUACCUCCGACGCAUUCCUCCAAGCUGAAAGAGAGAUGUUGGCAACUCCUCCAGAGGAUGAACAUCCGCGUGCUGUCUGGGGCUACAUGUUCUGGUCGGACUCGACUCACCUCGCUCAGUUUGGUCAAGCAAGUGCAUGGCCAAUCUACGCGCAGUGCGGUAAUAUGUCGAAGUAUACUCGCUGUAAACCUUCGAGCGGCACCACUCAUCAUAUAGGAUUUAUUCCACCUGCGACGUCCAUAAUCCCAGAACUUCGGAAAUGCGGGGUUGAAAACCCUAAUCCAGCCCUACUAGCCCAUUGCAAGCGUGAGCUUGUUCAUGGCGUCUGGAGGCUUCUUCUCGAUGACGAAUUCCUCAUGGCAUACAAGCACGGUGUGCUGGUCAAGUGCAAAGAUGGUAUCAUCCGCCGUUUUUACCCUCGCAUUUUUACUUACUCUGCAGACUACCCCGAAAAGGUUCUCCUGGCUACGAUACGUGAUAUGGGCCUGUGCCCUUGUCCCCGGUGCACAAUGCCAAAAGGGAAAUUCCGGAACCUUGGUACACACACAGAUAGUAGAACUCGCACCGUGCUUACCCGCCCUGAUAACCAAUCAUUUCGUGAUAAGGUCAGCCGAGCGCGGAGGAUGAUAUACCGCAAUGGAUAUGUUGUCAACAGCACGGCAGUUGAUGAUGUUCUAAAGGCGGAGUCCUAUGUACCGACUCAGAAUGCGUUCUCGCAUGCACUCCAAGAGUUUGACUUCAGUGUCUUUCAAAUGCUUACAGUUGAUCUUUUGCAUGAGUUUGAGCUCGGUGUAUGGAAGUCGCUCCUUAGCCACCUUGUUCGGAUGCUCUACUCGAUGGGCGGUCAGAAAGUGCAUGAAUUCAACAAUAGAUUUCGCCAGAUCAGUCCUUUUGGUUGUCACGCCAUUCGCAGGUUUCCAAAUAAUGUCUCUGAGCUUAAAAAACUUGCGGCGCGCGAUUUUGAGGACAUUCUCCAGUGCUGUAUCCCAUGCUUUGAGAACCUGUUUGGCGACGAUGACAGCAACAUACAAAAACUCUUGUUCUUAGCUGCAUAUUGGCAUGCUUUGGCUAAACUUCGCCUCCAUACUGAUACAACUCUCCGCGUCUUAGAUGACGCCACGGUGGUGUUCGCAAAGCAGCUUCGAUUUUUUGCGGACAGUAUCUGUCCCAAAUACUGCACUGUUGAGACAGACCGUGAAUAUGAGGCUCGCAAGCGAGCCAAUGCCCACCGAGCCGCCCAGUCAACCACAUCAUCACGCACUCAUCAAUUCCGAUCUGCGGCAACGUCUACCAUUACUGGUGGUAAAAAGCCCAAACACUUCAAUCUUGACACCUUCAAGCUGCACUCCCUAGGAGACUAUGUACGUAUGAUUAGGCUCUAUGGAACUACUGACUCUCAGAGUUCGGAACGUGGAGAGUUAGAGCACCGAAUCAUCAAGAGACGAUAUACUCGUGGUAACUGCCGGAACUUCAUAGAUCAGCUUGUCGAUGUCGAUGUCAUGGAGACGAUUCACGAACGCAUGAAUGACGAGCUUCAAGAUGUGCUCUCAGGUCAAGAAUCAAGCUCGGAUGUUGCUGGCGAAAAACGGUUGGAUAAUGAUUCUUCUGAUAACACCAGCCAAGUUUCUGCAGAAGAACUUGCUGAUCACCACCGCAUUGCCAAGGAUCAGUCUACAUAUCUACACCUUUCAUCAUGGCUACGUCAACCUGAUAUACAGAGUGAUCCUGCAUUCGAGAAUUUCGAGCGCAGGCUGAAGGGUCACUUGCUUGCACGAUACCAAGACGAGGUCUUAGUCAGCGACGAGCCGGACUACGAUGAUACGGCGCUCAGAAACGUAUACUUGCGCCGUGACACAAUCUACUCUCACGCAACAGCAUCGUUCAACUACACAACUUACGAUGUUCGCAGAGAUUCAGACACAAUCAAUGUUAACGGUCCCCGGCAAUUUGUGCUUGUCAAAGCAUAUGAAGAUGCUCCGGAUGAUGGCUCUCGUGCAAACCCCUUCUGGUAUGCGCGGGUACUGGGAAUCUAUCAUGCUAAUGUCCUUUUCCGUGAUGAAAUCACGCCUACACGGAUGGAGUUCUUAUUCGUUCGCUGGCUAGGUGCUGAUCCUGAAUGGACGGGUGGACCGCGUACGCAGAGGCUUGAUAGAGUGGGAUAUGUCCCAGAAGGCGAUCCAUCUGGAGCGUUUGGCUUCCUAGAUCCUUCGCAGGUGGUCCGAGGUUGUCAUCUUAUCCCUGCCUUUUCUCUUGGGUACACAACCUCGUUGUUAAGGCCUAGCAAGAUGAGGGAUUCGGAGAGCAAAGGAGACUGGAUAAACUACUAUGUCAAUCGUUUCGUUGAUCGGGACAUGAUGAUGCGAUACCUUGGCUUUGGUGUCGGACAUCUA